GUUCGGGCUCGUUUAAUUGCAAACUAGGUCACUGUGGACUGUCUCGACUCAACAACAGUUUACGUUACACAGGAAAGUAAAAGAGCAAUUGAAGAGAAAAUGUUGAAGGAAGCAACGUUUGGGGUGGCAGAUUACGUAGUCUCUGCUCUUGCUCUAUGCAUAUCUCUGAGCAUAGGACUUUACUACGCAUGCUCUGGAGGACGGCAAGCUACUACAGCAGAAUAUCACCUUGGAAACCGAAAUUUAAAUUUUUUACCAGUUAUGUUUUCCUUGAUGGUGACGUCACAGUCGUCUAUUUUGAUCCUUGGGGUACCGGCAGAGACCUACCUCUAUGGUUUCCUGGCAACUAUAUCUGGAUUUGGAUUCUGGUUUGCUUACUGGUUAUGUGCUAGGAUAGUUAUUCCUAUUGUCCACCCAAUUAGAAUAACCAGCGUCAAUGAAUAUUUUAACCUGAGGUACAAAAACAACCGCGUCCGCUUUCUUACAACUGUUCUUUCCUUCAUAUUUUGGUUCAUUUAUCUCGGCAUAGUUACAUACGGCGUAUCUACAGCUAUAGAAUCAAUUUUGGGAGUGCCGGUUUGGCUGUGUGUGGUGAUUGUGUCAAUCUGUAGUAUGAUCUACACCGCAGUUGGAGGAAUAAAAGCCGUGAUAUGGACCGAUGUUAUACAGUACAGCAUCAUGCUAACAUCAGUACUGGCGAUACUUAUAAAGGGAUCGAUGAAAGUAGGAGGCGGAUCUGAGGUCAUUCGUAUAAACUCAGAAGGAAAGAGACUCGAUUUUUGGAAUUUUAGUUUAGAUCCCACCCUUCGAUACACAAUGUGGAACGUCAUGAUCGGGAACACUGCCAAACUCUUCUACUUCCCCCUCUCUCAGUCCUCCGUUCAGAGGAUUGGAUGUAUGCCUACAAUAAAAGAUGCAUACAAAAUGUUUUAUAUUGUUGCCCCAUUAAUGGGCCUCACUUUCUUUUUGGCUGGAAGUAUGGGUCUUGUAUCAUACGCCUAUUUUGUCAAAGUAAAAUGCGAUCCUUUGGCAUCAAAGUUUAUAAAGAAUCCAAACCAGAUAAUACCUAUCUUGGUGACCGAGAUAUUUCACGAAACACCGGGAAUGGCUGGACUUUUUAUUGCAGGACUAUUCUGUGCUUCCUUGAGUACAGUGUCAAGUGGAUAUGCAGUGAUAUCUUCAAUGACUCUUCAAGAUAUCAUCAAGAUGAAAUGGCCAAAUUUGUCUGAGAAAAGAUCAACUAUUGCUUCGAAAUUGACUGUUCUUGUUAUUUCAUUUUUAACAACGGGAAUGGCAUUAUUGCUUGCCAAUAUCAAGGGUACUUUACUUAAGUUAGCCCAAAUGGUAAUGACAAUACCAACCGGUCCAUAUACAGGGAUCUUUCUCUACAGUAUCUUCUGUACAUCUGCCACAUCUGCGGGCGCUAUUUUGGGAGGCAUCGUGUCCUUGGUGUUCUAUCUGUGGAUGGCAAUCGGUAAUAUUGUUCUCAGUCCCCCCAGUGUAGAGAAAAAACUGGCGCCAGCUCCACUAGACAUGUGUUUUUUGAACAGUACUCUGGUAUCUUACAAUACAACAACCGCUGCACCUACAUCGAGCCCCGCAUCUUUGGAAGGCUUCAAUCAGAUCUAUGGCAUGUCUUUCCAGUGGUUCGAUUUCAUCGCCAUUAUUAUUGUCUUUGUCGUUGGGUUGAUUACUAGCAAAAUUGUUGGUGCUCCGAAGGAAGAAGACGUGGAUGCCAGGUAUGUUCUGUGCUUUACGGAACAAUUUUUUCCAUACCUUCCAUUCAGAGUGAAACAUUUACUCUCUUGUCGAUCAACAAUACCAAAGAGAAGAAAGCAAAUAAAAACAGAAGAACGCCGAGAUAAUGAGGAGAUGAUCGUGGGAACAUCUGUUCCGGAAAAAGAAAAAGGUGUUAAGAAAAUUUUCAGAGAAGAAAAACAAUAAUGAGAAUAGGACUUUUAAUUUGCUAUUCCUGCCAAUACGCUUCAAAAUAGAACUUGAUAUGAUGCUCAUAAUAUAAAAAUACCUAUACUGAUAUACUUGUGUAUAGGUAACGAGUUUAAAGUCCAUUGAAUGCUAAUAUAUAUAUAUAUGGUGACUGUCCUUCUGUAUAAAGAAUUGUACUACAUGCAUGUUGCUAUAACUACUACUGAUGACUUUGAGAUGGUAAAAUACCAUUUUGUUCGGUAUUGAUCGUGUAUUUUUUGUGCAGCACUUUUAUACGGAUUAUCAUUUGAAUGAAAAGGACAUUUAUUUUAAAUUCCCAUUAACACCUACUCAUUACCUGGUACAAAGUAAACCUUAAAAUCUGACAUCUGUGCCCUACUCACAUAAAUCGAAAAAGUAUAGAAGUAAAUGAAUAAAAUUCAUUUUUACUUAGAACUAGAUCAUCUUGAUUCGCACUUAAGUGAAACACAUGAAAGUGGCCUUGAAUUUGUUUUUAAAUCUGCAGUUAUGAUUUUAGCAAAAAUUUAGAAUUAUAGUUGACAUAGCCUUGUUUCCGAAUUAAUGCUUUGUAACCUUGAUCCGCACUUAAGUGAAACACAUGAAAGUGGCCUUAAAUUUGUUUUCAAAUCUGUAGUUAUGAUUUUGGCAAAAAUUUAGAAUUAUAUUUGACAUAACCUUGUUUCCGAAUUAAUGCUUUGUAACCUUGGAAGUUAUGAAUCGUUCAUAAUAUUCGAAGAAUGUCAAUGUAUUAGUUAUGGUGCUUUGAAAAUAAAUGAAUGUGAAAUAUCUUGUUUCUGAACUUAUCUUAGAACAAUUUUAACAAGAGAUUGAUCUUUAGGUAGUGUGUCAAACAGCAAUAUGACGUAGGCCU